AUGGUUUUCAGUGAUGCCUCACAAGUUGAAAACUGCACAUACUGUUACUCGCUCCAUUGUACCGUACGGAUAGAAUCCCUAUUAAACGUCAAUCGUCAAGGUGCAGUAUCAUCAAAGAAUGCUACACUCACCAUCGGAAGGAAUUUGGCAAGGGAAAUCGUGCUACAAGUGGAAUUGGGCGGAGUCUCUGGAGGUCGACCGGCAGUUGCCUCGUACAGUUUGAUUGAUUGUGUCAUUCACAGGACUAAUGUUGCUCAGGGAAGGGGAUCUAUAGAAGUCCCAAGCAGGAAGUUGGUUAUACAGCUGUCGAACUGUGCUCCGCGAAAACUUAAUGUGUUCAUCAAAUCUCUCCAAGCGAAGCUUGACAUCAUGCGGUCAGAACGCUCACAGCCUGCUUCAACAAGCAAUCGUACUCCCCUGGCUAUCGCCAGAAAGAGUCAUCUACAAGAACUGCCGAGUUUGCAUACCGUACUAAGCCCAUUAAGCAUCGAAGAGAUUCGUCGAG